GAAUAAGACACUGGUUCUUUGUUUGACAGAAUGAUAUAAUUUUAACAUCUGUCUUAAUUGCAUGUUAAAAAUGUUUGUAAUAUUUUAUCGCUGGUGUUUGUGUCUUUCCUUUGUCGUUAUUUUAAUUUUUAUGUGUACAGCUCAGGUGGAAAGUCAAAUGAUAUACAAUUCCGAUGAAAAAUGGUAUGAAUAUGAAAGAAGAUUGACGGAUUUGGAAGAUCGAAUGAAAAGAUUACAGCUAGAAAAGCAAAAAAAUAAACACCUAGUGGGUUUUUCAGUGACUGCUAAGGACGAUAUUGACGAAAACAUAACAAGAAGCGGACAGAUAAUUAUUCUAAAAAACGUUCUGCUUAAUAUUGGAGACGGGUAUAACUCUACAACAGGAACAUUUACAGCACCCGUGGAUGGAAAUUACGCAUUUUUCAUUUCUGUAGAAGUAGAAAGAGGAGAAGUGCUUCACGUCUUUUUGACUGUGAAUGACAAAUACGUAUUAGAGGCAAUAGCUGGGGUACGUCAUGCUCCAGACACCGUCACAAGAUAUUACACUGGUGCUAAUAUGGCCAUUAUUUCACUGCAAAAGAAUGAUGUUGUGUGCUUGAAGUCACAACAAAUGUAUAUUUAUUCAAACGCAAUACGAAUUCGAUAUUCUGGAAAUAGCUUUUCUGGAUUUUUGAUUCCAUUUCAAUGAUAUCCUGUAUAAUGACUUUAACGUUUUUGACUGGAGGAAUUAGGAGAGCUUUCUUUGUAGAAACAACCUUUGCAGAAUUUUUUGUAACCUCUCUCUCUCUCUCUAUCUGUGUGUGUGUGUGUGUGUGUGUGUUUUGUAAUUUACUAUAUCAAAAUGGGUUUCACAAUGUAAAUAUGUAAAUUACAAUUAUGUUAUUUCAAAAUGGAUUGCACAAUGUAAAUAUAGGGUAUAUCAAAAGGGGUUUGUCAAUGUAAUUUAUCAUUUGGUCGGCAGGGGAUGCUCACUCCUCCAUGGCACCUGAUCCCACCUCUGAUGUUUGGAGGUCCGUGUUUGCUCUGCUCCUAUUUUGUAUUGUUUGAUGGACUUUUGAGCCUGAAUACUGUUCGUUAUCUUUAUAUAUUUCAUUGGAAUAAGUUAACGUUUCACGCACAAAGUACAAGUAGAAUAAUACUCAAAAUACAGGAACAGAAAUAAAUGCUCCAUAUCCACAGAAUUGCAUCACAUUAUGAGUAUCUAUAGAACAUUUAUCAAAAACUUUAGUGUAGGUAUUUUCACAAAAACCAAAAGUGGCAGCACUUGGGUGUAAAGAGCCCACCAGUUGAGACGAUUUGCAAAAUCAUCGAGACUACGUAGACUACAUAAUGCAACAGGAAUAUUUACAGUAUUAUUGCUAGAAACUUUUUCUUCACACUCCGAGUGCAAUGCAAUAAGAAUCCGUGCAGCCCUAAGACUAUUCAAAUUUCCGUUCCUUCUCAGCACACCUUCAAUGGAUGAACCAAUUUUACGAAGUCAUGAAUAACUUUGGCAGAAAUUGGUCAUGCCAAGAAAACUAUAGCUACGAACUAUUUUUUUCGUUUUUGAGUUUUCGAUAAUGACAACUCAUUCAUAAAAAUGUUUGCUGGACCUAAAAACCCUUUUGUGAGUUCCCAAAUCCUUCCGAAAUUAAUUUCUGUAAAUUGAUAUGACACAUGAGAGAUAUAACAUGAUAUUCUCUCGAAAAUUUGCCUUAAAUGAUAACUAUGUGGUCUUUAAAUUUACGUGAGAAUAUGACAAUAUAUUCUACAUCACUUAAACAGAUUUCAAGUCUCUCAGAACAUUUGACGUUAAGGUUUGAAAACAGUCUGGAAAAUUCAUCAAAACAAAAGGCAAUUUCUUUCACUCGUACAGUCUUAAAUAGAAUAUAUCCUCCUUGAAAACAACUACUGUUCAAGGAUUCUUAAUUCAGAAUUGUAUAUUGUCCAUUGUUUACAUCUGUUGCCUAUCAAAUCACGAGACAGACACCAAUUGUUUUGUGUUGAUACAGAUAUUUCUCGGAAUAGGAACUAAUGCAGUAAUUGCACACACGUUAAAUUCUUUAAGUCCUUUGUAGAAAGUCAACGUUUUCUCUGUCUCAUUGUUCUUAAAAACUUUCCUGCUACUUAAAGUUUAGGAAGAUUGCAUAAUGCUUCUGUAUACUAGUUUUAUUCUGUGUGUGUGUGUGUGUGUGUGUGUGUGUGUUUUACAUAUAAUAUAAAAAGCUUUGAUUGGCAUUGAUAUAUAACUUUUUUUAACUACAAUAGUUUUCUACUUAAAGGAUUCUGUUUAUUUUAUUGAAACAGUAUUACAAAACUAA